AUGUUUGUCACAGCGGUCCGAGAUCCAAAAAACAGCUACGGAGUGUGAGGUUGUUUGGGAUCAGAGCCAUAGAGAUGAAAAGCCUAUCGGACCGAUGCGGCAUUUCAUUAAGGUAUGGUCACCAACUUUGAAUGUAAGCUAUUGUGUUUGGCGGCUUUGUAACCAUGACUUCUGUGACGCAGAACACUGGACGGAAGUUACGGCGGUUAGCCAACUUGCUAGGUUGCCGCGAAGGGGAAAUUGCGGCUACAUCCUCUUCUGAAGAGGCGGAGAUUCCUGACGACACCAUUCUGAGUCAAAGCAUUACGAGAGGCAAGAAGCAAGCCACACGGUCUGCGUACCAGUUGAAGCCAAGGGGCAAGGCUCCAAACCGUUACACUCCGGACGAUUAUGUCAACCGAGGAAAGAAGGUUGUGAUUGAGUCCGAUGAGGAGCCGGCGCGGAGAUCAGCUUUGAGGAGGAUGAGGAACGAUGAGCCGUCAUCUUCAGAGGAGGAGCAGCAGGAGGGCAGCAGCUUCACCCAUACCGUCCGGGCGCGCCCCACAAGGAAACCCACCCACCCCAAUACCACCCGGCGCACCGCCGUACUGACCAUCAACCGCGCCACGCUCACGCACAGUGGCACUGCCACCCGUUACCGGCAGUACCACCCUUCUUUGACCUAA